AUGGCAAUCAGAGCAGAGGACAAAUUAGCUGCAACUCUGCGAUUUUUAGCAGGUGGUGCCUCAUAUAAAGAACUGAUGUACUCAUUCAGGAUAUCAAAAUCUACUAUCAGUGAAUUUGUACCAGAAGUUUGUGAUGUAAUUUACGAUGUGUUGAAGGACAGAUACUGCCAAUUUCCUGACUCUACUGAAAAAUGGCUUGCAGUCGCUGAAAAUUUCAAGGAGCAGCGGCAGUUUCCGCAUUGCCUUGGAGCCAUUGAUGAUAGGGCUCGGCUAGGUGCUAGAAGUAGAAUUAAAGAUAUGGCUCAGCUAGGUGCUAGGAGUAGAAUUAAAGAUAGGGCUCAGCUAGUUGCUAGGAGUAGAAUUAAAGAUAGGGCUCAGCUAGUUAGGGCUCGGCUAGGUGCUAGAAGUAGAAUUAAAGAUAGAGCUCAGCUAGUUGCUAGGAGUAGAAUUAAAGAUAGGGCUCAGCUAGUUAGGGCUCGGCUAGGUGCUAGAAGUAGAAUUAAAGAUAGGGCUCAGCUAGUUGCUAGGAGUAGAAUUAAAGAUAGGGCUCAGCUAGUUAGGUCUCGGCUAGGUGGUAGAAGUAGAAUUAAAGAUAGAGCUCAGCUAGUUGCUAGAAGUAGAAUUAAAGAUAGGGUUCAGCUAGAUGCUAGAAGUAGAAUUAAAGAUAGGGCUCAGCUAGUUGCUAGGAGUAGAAUUAAAGAUAGGGCUCAGCUAGUUAGGUCUCGGCUAGGUGCUAGAAGUAGAAUUAAAGAUAGGGCUCAGCUAGUUGCUAGGAGUAGAAUUAAAGAUAGGGCUCAGCUAGUUAGGUCUCGGCUAGGUGGUAGAAGUAGAAUUAAAGAUAGAGCUCAGCUAGUUGCUAGAAGUAGAAUUAAAGAUAAGGCUCAGCUAGUUGCUAGGAGUAGAAUUAAAGAUAGGGCUCAGCUAGUUAGGGCUCGGCUAGGUGCUAGAAGUAGAAUUAAAGAUAGGGCUCAGCUAGUUGCUAGGAGUAGAAUUAAAGAUAGGGCUCAGCUAGUUAGGGUUCGGCUAGGUGCUAGAAGUAGAAUUAAAGAUAGGGUUCAGCUAGAAGCUAUAUAG